AUAAAAUCUUAGCUUGUUUCGCACGCAAGCAGAGCUAUGGUUUGUGGUAUCGGCAGAUUUGCGCUGUCGGACGCCACUGCGCAUGCCUGCAGAACCCGGACAAGGCCUUGUGUUUUUCUAACUCCAGAGCAGCCCAGCGCCAGCCGUCUAAUUCAAAACAAGGACGGAAAAACGCAGAAACGGGCAAUUCAUGGGGCAAGAGUGAUCCUCUUCACUGUGGUCAGAAUCAGGCCUGACCAGCUGACCAGCAGAAUUGUGCCUUCCUGAGAUUUUUUCCAGUCCAGCUCCCACAGGAGCGCUGAUUGGCUGAAAUGUGGCACCUUCAGACCCGGACCCGGAGGAAACCAGAGUACCACGUGGGCUUCCGAUAACCGGAUCCUGAUUGGCUCGUCUUGCCAGAGGCCCCGCCCCUCCCAGUACUCCCAAGGACGGGCCCCAGAUGUCUACCUCACGUUUAAAUCCAGCAGCACUGCGACCCUGAACGCGCCUCAGCACCAUGACCUCCAGCAUAGACCGGGAUGACAGCAGCAUUUUUGAUGGGUUGAUGGAAGAGGAUGAGAAAGACAAAGCCAAACGAGUUUCCCGGAACAAAUCUGAGAAGAAGCGCAGAGACCAGUUCAAUGUGCUCAUUAAGGAGCUGGGCACCAUGUUGCCGGGGAACACACGCAAGAUGGACAAGUCCACCAUCCUGCAGAAGAGCAUUGAUUUCCUGCGCAAGCAUAAAGAAAUCGCAGCGCAGUCGGAGUCCAGUGAGAUUAGGCAGGACUGGAAGCCGCCCUUUCUUAGCAAUGAGGAGUUCACGCAGCUGAUGCUGGAGGCACUGGAUGGAUUCUUCCUGGCAAUAAUGACAGAUGGGAAUAUAAUCUAUGUCUCUGAGAGCGUCACAUCCUUAUUGGAACAUUUACCUUCGGACCUGGUGGAUCAGAACCUGCUGAACUUCCUGCCUCUUGGUGAGCAUUCAGAGGUGUAUAAAGUCCUCUCCACGCAGAUGCUGGAGGGAGAGACCUUAACACCGGAGUACCUGAAGACGAAGAACCAGCUGGAGUUCUGCUGCCACAUGCUCCGGGGCACCAUCGACCCCAAAGAGCCGCCCGUGUACGAGUUUGUCAAGUUCAUCGGCAACUUCAAAUCUCUCAACAAGGUCUCCGGCUCCACGCGGAACGGACUGGAGGGAGUGAUCCAGCGCUCCCUGAGGCCCGCCUUCGAGGACCGUGUCUGCUUCAUCGCCACCGUGCGCCUCGCCAAACCACAGUUCAUUAAGGAGAUGUGCACAGUAGAGGAGCCCAAUGAAGAAUUUACCUCCAGGCACAGUUUAGAGUGGAAGUUCCUCUUUCUGGACCACCGGGCUCCUCCUAUAAUCGGCUACCUGCCGUUUGAGGUUCUGGGCACGUCUGGCUACGACUACUACCACGUGGACGACCUGGAGACGCUAGCCAAGUGCCACGAGCACUUGAUGCAGUAUGGGAAGGGGAAGUCGUGCUACUACAGGUUCCUGACCAAGGGCCAGCAGUGGAUCUGGCUGCAGACCCACUACUACAUCACCUACCACCAGUGGAACUCCCGGCCUGAGUUUAUCGUGUGCACUCACACCGUGGUCAGUUAUGCGGAGGUGAGGGCUGAGCAGCGCAGAGAGCUGGGCAUUGAGGAGUCGCCCCCGGAAACAGCUGCCGAAAAGAGCCAGGACUCGGGCUCGGAGUCGCAGCUGAACACCUCCAGCCUGAAGGAGGCGCUGGAGCGCUUCGACCGCAGCCGCACGCCCUCCGCCUCGUCCCGGAGCUCCCGCAAGUCCUCCUCCCACACGGCCGUGUCCGACCCCGCCUCUACACAGACCAAACUCCUGACGGACCAGAGCACCCCCCCCAGGCCCCCUCUCUCCGCUGUGGAGAUGAGCUCCCAGCGCCGUUCAUCCGUCAGUAGCCAGCAGUCUAUGAGCUCCAGUCAGAACCUGCCCCAGCCCAUGAUCACCAACCAGCCGCAGCAGCAGGUGCAGCCCGCAGUCCAGUUCUCUGCGCAGCUGGGCGCGAUGCAGCACCUGAAGGAGCAGCUGGAGCAGCGCACGCGGCUGAUCGAGGCCAACAUCCAGCGCCAGCAGGAUGAGCUGCGCAAGAUCCAGGAGCAACUGCAGAUGGUGCAGGGCCAGGGCCUGCCUGUGUUCUCUCAGCAGACGGGCGGGGCCCUAAGUUUGGGCUCCGCCCUCUCGCAGGGCGGGGCUCUGACCAUGCAGGGGGCGGUGCUCCAGCCCGCCCCCACUCACGUCGCCCAGCAACAGCAGGCUCCGCCCCCCCAGCAACAGGCUACCGCCCAGCAACAGCAGGCUCCGCCCCAGAACCUCCUACGUGAGCAGAGCUCCUCCCACACACAGCGCUCCUCCUCCCUUCCCCCCCUCUAUAACACCAUGAUGAUCUCUCCGCCCGGCUCCAGUGUGGUCCAGAUCGCCACCAGUCUGGGCCAGAGCAGCACGCCGAGUGGGGCCGUGGCCACGUUCACUCAGGACCGCCAGAUCCGGUUCCCGGGGGGGCAGCCUCUGCUGACCAAACUGGUGACCGCCCCUAUGGCCUGUGGGGCUGUGAUGGUUCCCACCACCAUGUUCAUGGGUCAGGUGGUCACGGCAUACAACGCCUUCGCCCCGCAGCCGGGCACGGCCCAGACCAUCAGCAUCGCCCAGACGGCCCAGUCAGGGCCGCCUCAGCCCCCCCCCGGGCCGCCGGGCCAGGCUCAGAUCGGCCCGCCGACCCAGCAGUUCCUGCAGGCUCCACGCUUGUUGCCAGGUAACCAGUCCACGCAGCUGAUCCUGCAGGCCGCGUUCCCACUGCAGCAGCAGGGCAGCUUUUCCUCGGCACAGCCCCAGCCACAGCCACAGCAGGGCAGCUUUUCCUCAGCACAGCCCCAGCCACAGCCACAGCAGCUCAGCGCCCACAGGACUGACAGCCUGUCGGACCGCUCCAGCACACAGCCCCAGUAACCAAUCAGACCAUGCGCUGAGCCCAACGCAGCCGUGAGGGGGCGGAGCCUGUCCCUCCGGCGGUACCUGUCCCAGGUGCGGGGGGGGGGGGGCACUGCCCUGCAUCACCAUGGCAACAGUACUGAGCUGAACUUCUCCCCACGGUAACGGUGGGGGAACUCUUCACCAUGGUAACGUACAGUGCGCUUUUGCCAUGGUAACCAGAGGGCACUCAUUUUCCAUUUCCGCUCCAACUUUCAUUUUGCCCAUCUGCGCAGUCGGACAGCUGUUUGAGCAGAGCUGCGCAGUCGGACAGCUGUUUGAGCAGAGCUGUGCAGCUGGGACAGGAUUUAUAGAAGGGCUGCGCAGUCGGACAGCUGUUUGAGCAGAGCUGCGCAGUCAGACAGCUGUUUGAGCAGGGCUGCGCAGUCAGACAGCUGUUUGAGCAGAGCUGCGCAGUCAGACAGCUGUUUGAGCAGAGCUGCGCAGUCAGACAGCUGUUUGAGCAGGGCUGCGCAGUCGGACAGCUGUUUGAGCAGAGCUGCGCAGUCAGACAGCUGUUUGAGCAGGGCUGCGCAGUCGGACAGCUGUUUGAGCAGAGCUGCGCAGUCAGACAGCUGUUUGAGCAAAGCUGCGCAGUCAGACAGCUGUGCUGGAAAUGACCGUGCUGCUUGUGUUCAUGUCAGAUAAUUAUGGGUCAGGAAAUAGUUUUAAGAAUGUCACGUGGAUUCAGCGUUAUUGUACAGACACCUGUAAAAUAAUAUGUAAAUAUCUGGACAAAAGGAAAGAGAACUAAUAUUUUAUAUGAUGCAUGAAAAGUGUAAUCUGUUAUUUGCAGCUUUUUUGUAGUAUUCUGAGGAAAAAACUAAAACGCUAAAAAUGCUAAGGUUGAUAUUUUCAUGGACUUCCUGUACAGCUGUGCGCUGCAUGCAGUGUCACAGUUUGUUUAAUGCAGUGGUUUGUGUUUCAGUAAUAUUCUUGUCAUGAAUUUCAGAAAAAAACAUAUUUUUAAGAAAUUAUGUUUUUAAAAUGUGUUCCAAAGAAACACAAAAAAAGCUAAAAUGUAAAACUAUAAGCUUCAUGUGACAAAGUCUGAUUUUAAAAAUGUAAAUAAAAGGCUUUGCAUGCUAAUAUAGAUUUAUGGUAAAAACAUUACUUGAAGCGCAUUGUUUUUAAGUAAAGUAGCCAUUCUCCACUCUUUUUAACUUUGCCCAAAUGCUGCAUAAUCGACAACAUAAGAAUUAAUAAUCCUAACUGCUUGUGACAGCCUGCAUUUGUCAUAUCCUAUGAUACUUGUCACAUGUUCAUGAAAAAGUAUGAUCCAGCUGUCACGAUCAGUAAUGAGUGUUCAGUGAAGCUUCACAAAGCUUAGUGAAGCAUUAUAGCGGCAACGAUUAACAAGUGUAAGAGACUACAUAAUGCUAAAUAGCAAUGCACUUCAAGUAGUUUCUCAAUUUGAGUGCCAAGUCUUUAGGCUUUUAGGUUUGUUAAUGUGUAUCUGAAAGUUUAUAGCAGUCUUGAUAUUUUCAAGGAAAAUGACCCCAAGAACAGAGUGUUAUAUUAUAAUUAGUUUAAAAUUUUAAUGAGUACCUUGAAAUAUUAAACAGUAUAAUCUCUUUA